GCUCGUCGAAGAGGACCACACAGUGACAGCAGAAACAAUGUAUUAUCAACAAUAAUAUUUUUAUUAUUUGUCAGUUUACGAUGACCUUAAGUCUGUUGUUUCAGCUACAGUCUAUUACAUACGCCAGGAUGCUAUUAACGUUUAAAGCAGCACGAGUUUUCGCGAGAAAAUGGAACGCAGCACCAGAAGUUAAAACUGUCAACAAACUGGUUCAAGUUAACUCAUGUUUAGGCUAGCUUGUUCAGACUCGACUUUAUACAGCAAGUGUGAGUCCAUUUAAGAGUGUGAUCAUAAAGAGAAAUAUGUUCAAUGUCGGAGGUGUAAAUAAAGCAGAAGACGGGUAUGGAAACCUGCGUUAAAUCAGCGCUGGAGAGACCCGCGGAGGAGCUGACGGUUACCGAUGUGUACGACAUAGCGGCGCUGCUCGGCCAGGACUUCGAGCGGAUCAUCGACAGGUUUGGGUGUGAGGCUCUGGUUGGGGUAGUGCCCAAAGUAGUGCGGGUUCUGGAGCUGCUAGAGGUGCUGGUUAGCCGUGGAGCCGCUGGACAAGAGGCGGAGGGGCUGCGGAGGGAGCUGGACAGGCUGAGACAGGAGCGGAGCGACCGAUGCGAGCAGGAAAGGAAGCACCAGAAGGAGUUGGAACUGGUGGAGGAUGUUUGGAGAGGAGAAGUGCAGGACCUGACUUCUCAAAUCACUCAGCUUCAGGCAGAGAACAAGAAGCUGUUCACCAGCCUCCCUCCUAAAGAGUCCUCCAUCACAGAAGAAGACCGUCAGAAACAGGAGGGAAUGUCAGAAAAAGAAAAACAGGUGAUGAAGAAGCUGAAAGACUUGGUGGAUAAACAGAAGGAUGAAAUCCGAGCUAAAGAACAUGAGCUGACCCUGAGGAAUGAGGAUGUUGAGGCGCUCCAGAUGCAGCAGCACCGGUUGAUGAGGAUCAACCAGGACCUUCGUCACAGGAUAGGAGUGAUGGAGGCCCAGGGGAAGGGACUGAUCCAGCAGAGGGCUGAGCUGGAGGCUGCAGCCCAGGCACAGCAACAGGAGCUAAGGGCUCUGCAGCUGGAGGUCACAAGGCUGAGGAAGGGGCUCUGGGAGUGGGAGCUAGAGAGAGAGGUCACUGAGAUGGAAGAGUUGUCUCUUAGAAGGUCCAGGGUAUCUCUACCUACAUCACAACAGAUGAUGUCCUCUGCAGCCAUGUCAGCUGACUCCAUCAAACCAAAUUCAGUGUGGAUGGAGUGUGGAGGGGACCCUGGCUUCCUGGUGAACUGUGACAAGAGUCUUUCCCUUCUCCCGGGGUCAUCAAACAGAGAAAAUAUUGUGGAAGAUGGUGAUGAAAAUGAAGAUGUGACAGCUUUGCAACAGCAGAAAGGGUCAACUGAAACACAGUCAGAAGAGGAGACAGAUAGCCUGGAGCAGGAGUCAGACAAACCUCACUUCACUCUGCAGGAGCUUCGUCACGUCCUGCAGGAGAGGAAUGAACUCAAGGCCCAAGUGUUUGUGCUCCAGGAAGAGCUGGCAUAUUACAAAAGUGAGGAGUCUGAGGAUGACGUCAGCUCCACUGUUUAUACACCAUCACAUCCACCAUGCUCCAGUUCCACUGAUCAGCCUGAAUCAGGAAUAAGACGCUUGAUCUUCACUGCUAUAAUGCCAAUGGUGGCAGCUGGUUUGAUCGCAGACGAUCCCACACUGUUGCCAAUCAGAAGACUUGUUUCCUUUCUGUGAUCUUGAAUUUGAAUAUAAACUCUUUUUUUAUGACUGCUCUUAUUUUUUUUCCCCAUACGGUGUCAGCAACAGACAGCAGACAUAUUUACAAGAACUGGAAAGAACUGGUUUACUUGGUUAUUUUAAAUAUUGUAUGUUUAAAAUAUAUUUCUAUUGCCUUUAUACACUUGAAACUGUGAUGAAUGACCCCCAUUUAUUAUUAGUGUUGCCAGCUUUUACAGCACAUUUUGGUAGCAUUGUAGCUAACUUGGUAAAGUAACCCAAGUAGUUAAAAUGUGAGACAUCUGGCCAUGCCUGUACACCCAUGUAUUUAUGACUUCUUAGGAUUUUGUGGCUUCAAAGUCAUUACCUGUCAGUGUGUUACUUUAUAUAUUAAAAUCCUGCUGUAAUGUCAAAUAACUUAGCAUCCACAAUUCUCAGUAUAUCGCUUGGCCUUAAUAAAGACAUGGUGUCACUACCCUA